AUGGAAGAAGCACUAAUUGCAGCGGUGAAAAAGAGACCUUCACUUUAUGAGAAAUCACAAGACAAUUCCUCAAACAGAAAUUACGUCAACAAGCAUUGGGUAAACAUUGCUAAAGAUAUUGGAGUGGAAGGCUUUCCGUCCAACUGUGCGGACUGUGCCGGGGAAAUCCCUGGAUUAUCUCCCGUUGUCGGGCUGACAGGAGCGCGCUUCCUGCGCGGGGGAUGUCAGGGGACGAGAUCCCUAGCAUCGUGCCUGACAACAAGUGACGGAGAAGUGCCAAACGAGACUAUUCCUAAGUUGCCCAACGAUCAGUGCAAGGCUUACAACGGGCCGGAGUCCUUCACAUGCAGGGGUACCGGCCUCCCCUCCCUUGAACAAGUGUGUGACGGUAUCUUGUGUCGCCAAGCAGGCUCUGCCUUCAUCUGUAACCAGCUCUCUACUGCCAGUGGAACCUGCUGUGGGAACGGAAAGAUGUGUAAGGCAGGACGGUGCCAGGCCGCUGAAUCUGGGCAAUGUGUCAUGGACG